AUGAAGUUGCUGUCAACCGUCGUUUUGCUGCUGAGCCUGCGCAGCACAGCCGCCGUCUUUAAGAUCUGUGCGUUUAACAUCAAAAGUUUUGGAGAAGCAAAAGCUUCUAACCAGAAGAUUAUGAAUACACUGGUGAAAAUUGUCUCGCGUUGUGAUAUCUGCACCAUCCAAGAGGUUCGAGACUCAAAAGGUGAAGCCAUCCCAGCUUUAGUAAAAGAAAUUAACAAGUAUGAUCGGCUUCAUCGUUAUACACAUCUGGAGAGCAAAAGGCUGGGAAAGAAUAGUUACAAGGAGCAGUUAGUCUUCAUCUACAGAUCUGAUGUGGUGAAGGUAAUGGACUUGUACCAAUACACCGAGGAUCAGGAUGAUCACUCAGAAGCCUUUGCAAGAGAACCAUUCAUUGUGCGCUUCCAUUCACCAAAAACAGCCAUCAAGGACUUUGUGCUUAUAUCUCAUCAUACCUGCCCUAGAGAUGCUGCAAAGGAAAUUAACAAACUCCUAGAGGUUGUGCUGGAAGUCAAAGGAUUGUGGCGAACAGAGAAUAUUAUGCUGCUUGGGGAUCUCAAUGCAUCGUGUGGCUAUGUGACAAUAGAGCAGUGGAAACGCAUUAAAAUGAGGAGCAGUGACACGUUUCAUUGGUUAAUUGGGGACAAAGAUGACACCACAGUGAGCCACAAGUCUCGCUGUGCUUAUGACAGGAUUGUGGUUCAUGGAGAAGAUUUUCUAAAAGGAAUUGUUCCUGGCUCUGCCAAACCGUUCAACUUUAAAAAGACAUUAGGAUUGUCAGAAGAAGAGGCAUUAGAAGUGAGUGAUCAUUUUCCAGUGGAAGUAAACCUUCGGCAAGACCCAAGAACUGAGAGGGAGCUGUGAAAGUCUUCAAACCUCUAACAUGGGCUUAGUUAACAGCUGUGAGGCAGAUCUCAUUUUACAGACAGUCUUGCAAACUAAAGGAGAACAUUUGGAUAACCAUUGUAUCUUAAGUUCUGCUGAAAUUGUCAACAGGACCACCACACUAAUGAAAAGGAUAUCAAAGCUUCUGUAGUGCCUGAAAGUUGGUGAAUGACUUGUGAAAGUGUCA